GUCGGAGGCGGAGCCUCGGCGAGUUCUCGACGGAGCAGUCGGCGUGGCCGAGGUUCGUCCCGUGGUGCGAGGAUGAGCGCGGCCUGAACCUUCUGGAGGAAGCGCAGCGGGAGAGCCCGUCACUCGCCGCGACGUCGAGCGACGCAGAGCGACGCGCCAGCCUGGACCAAGGAGUUGGCAGACGAGGAGGCGAGAAGGUGCGAACGGUUCCGACCUCGGCCCUGGGCCAGCGUCUACCGAGAAUCCAAAGGCCUUGCCUCCGAGUAAUAGGGAAAUCGGCGUUUAACGAUUACCAUUACGUAGUUCAUGAUAUAAUAGGCAAGAUGGCGCCCGCGAUGGACCCGUUUGCACCCCGUGCGCGAACCUAACCCGUCGAGUCGCGGAUCCGAGCGAUUCGCGGGAACCGUCUCUGGGUCCUUUCGCGUAACCGCGCCGUCGUCUCGAAGAAGGUCCAUGUGGACACGCCAGGGCAACGGAGCGGUGAUGUCGACGAGACGGCAUCCAGGCUGGAAAACUUAACCCCACCGAUGACGAGGUAAAAGAGAAAACGGAUUAAGCAAGGAACGAGGAACCCCUGGCAACUGGUGAUCGUUUUUCAGGGUUUGCUUGCCAGUUUUUAGAUGAGAAAUUAUUCGAGAUAAAGUCCAUCGGUCUCCUGCUCGGUUGGCGUUGACGGUGACCAAUUGCCUCGACUGUCAAGAGGGACCCUACGACUCGAAAGACUUACCGAUAAGGCGGUGAGCAGUGCCUUGUUUAGUUGACAAUUGUGUUCCGAUGUAUUGGUGCAUCGAUCUUAUUUUGGUUUCAUAAAAGCCAAAGGAUAAAUGGAAUUGUUUGGAUCUUGAAAGAACUUUGUGAGUUUAGAGGUGGGCACGAUCGAUCCUUUUUGUCAAAGGAUCCCGGGCUGCUGUAUAAACAGCCAAUUUUAAUGUAAUUUGGGUGAUAUCGGUUUGAAACCGAUGUCAUGGAACAUGGAAUAUUCGAGAUGUUAGAGAGCGUGCAUGUUUUCUGAAAUUACAUUCCUAGAAUUACUAGUGGAAAACCAAAGGAUUCGAACGAUAAGAGUCCAUUGGACCGUACUCGACAGUGGGUUCAUGGUUGCUCCAAAGAGGAGAGGAAAGGCCCUUUGGCCAUAGGCAGAACAGGAACUGACCAGGACGCAAUGAGCACGGUCGACACGGCGCCGUCGAUCUCCGUCGACGUGGCUGCUGGGUCGGAUCAUCUUGCGGAACCUGUAACCUCGAACCAGUCACCUGAAGAGCCAAUGGAAAUUGAUGUCGAUACCGAAGAUCUCGAACGCCUUGCACCAGAAAGUGCUGGUACCAAUACCGAGCCUGGAGGACUGCAGGCAACGCUUUCGGAUCGGAGCACCUUGAUUAGUGGAAGUCUUGAGAAUAAACAGGAGGAGCCUGCGACUCUUUCUACUUUGAACGAAGGAGAGCUGCGUGCAUUGUUGGAUGAAGCCUUUGCCUAUAAAUGUCCUAAGGAUCGAGAAGGAAAGUCAAGUCUUUUCAAGGAACUUCUCCAAGAAGUCGAAGCCGAUGAAACCCAGGAAGGUCGUCGAACUGUAAACAACUCUCGCUGUCUUCCUGGUUCCAACCGCAGAAGGCACAAACGGGAUUCGGUAUCGGAGCGGCUCACUCACGGCGGUUCUUUGCAGAACCUGGCGCAACCCCUCAAUUCCGAAUUCGACAGCAGUUUCGCUUAUCUAACCUCGGGGUCCAGUCAUACGUACGGAGGUGGUAGAAGGAAAGGGAAGAAACACACAGGACCUAGUGUUUCCGCGAGACAAAGAGAAGGCGGGUCUUUGCCUUCUAAUGUCGAUGCCUCUCACAGUCUUGCCUCCUUGGCAAACUUAGACUUACUGUUUGACAAAAAGGGAUUUUCCGAAGAAAGGUCGUCAUACGACUGGACAAAUAAAGAGAAAUCGAGGUCCUUAGACAAGUCGUCGUACGGGGGUCCAAAGAAGGACGAGAAGGAUAAAGAUAAGAAAGACGCGAAAAGAGAAACUGGUGAUCCUUGCGAGGCCGAAACCGAGAAUCGCGAGAAGAGGGGGACCAGUAGAGGAAAACAAGGGACAAAUGAGAUGCUCGAGUCGGACAAUCCACCACCCGAAUAUAAACCGGAUUACACGGUGAUCGAUUUAAGCGAUGCUGAGGUACGCAGCAUCGGCGAAAACAAUGUGGCAGCCAUAGUAGCCGGUGCUCAGCGAAUUCUCUCCAACGAGACCGGAGAGGAUGAGGGAACCGAAAUGAAGAUAAUAGAUCCUCGCAGAUCGAUCCAAACGACGACUCGUGCCACGUUCGACGUACCGCAGACACCCGUAGACACGACCAUUGAAUUCCCAAUCCGCGAACAUAACGGGAAGCAGGGAAAACCGAAAGUCUCGGUAAACGGGCCGGAGGCAGUCGGCACCCUUCCGUUCCAGACGUCCAAUAGUAUAAAAUGCGCGGUCGGCGGAAGUUCGAACGGUUCUAGCGCCCAGCAGGCCAAGGUCCCCCACAUGUACUCCGUGAUGCCCUGGUCACCGUCUAACAUCGGCAUGGAAGUAGCCAGAUUGACUGCAGCCCCGCACAUUACGGGAAAGGAUUCUUCCGCCUCCGGUGAGAAAAAGUCCUUGGACGAGAACGGUAACGCUGUUCAAGGCUACAACGGGGAACGAAAGAAACCACGCAGGAAACACACUCAAGAGCCUAAUGUCAUUGUUUACAAGGCCGAGAACGUUAAGGGUCAUCGAAACGACGACAUCGAUAGCUUAAUUAAUUUCAUCGAGAACAAGGAGUCAAAGGGUAAGAAGGGCAAGACCGGCAACGCCGUAAGGGUCAAGUCCAGUUCCGGAGCCAAGCCAAGGACCAGAGAGAAGGACUCCAAGAGAGAGCAAUUGUCGGCGAAGCUGCAGAAGUCGAACUCUCUCGAGGAAAUUUCUAAGACGAAACUGGAAGAUCUCACCGCGGAGAAGAGUUCCAGUUCCAGCGGGGCCAGUAGCGUUUCCAGUCAGCAAGGCACGAUAAACGUUGCACUGCGUCGUGCCAAACAACGGAGCACCGGAGAUGCGACGGUCGAUUGUCGAGGCGACAGGAGGUCUUGGGGAACGGAAGAAGGUCAGUCCAUUUAUUGUAACGACACAGGUGAUGAUUAUGCAACUCGACGAAACUCCAAUAAGAAAAUCAAUCCAGACCCCGAACCGGAACCGGAGUUCCUCGUUGUAACGAAAAAGAAAAAGAGCAAGAAACGAAGGAGUUCCAGCGGUAGUAGAGCACAAAAUUUGGCCAAUUCUGGAUCCUACUUGCAAAGGUCCAGAGGAUUUCCUAACGAGUAUAGAACGCCCCUUUCACCCGAACUUAGAAGAAAAUCUGCCAGUAGUAUGCCGCCAAGCGACAAGUCGGACAGUAGUGACUUGGAUUCCGUUCAUUCUCUACCAGUUACGUCGAAUACAGUGAAACAUAGCUUAACAAAAAAUGCCACCUCUUCCGGUGGAACACCGCAGGCGAGUUAUGCCGACAUAACACGCAUGCCAACUAUCAACGUCUCUCCCAGCUCCGUUUUAAAUAUGGCUGCCAUUGUUCCGAAUGUGCUGAACGUAGAAUCUUGGCCUACCGUCCCGUUCAAAGCUCCUUCGGAACCCGAUAAGUUACCGCAAGAUUAUUAUCCGAGUUUGGACGAGCUUCAGCAAAGCGAUAGGAAGCUGAGACAACAUAAUUUUUCACAUUCAAAUCACGUGCCCGCUUUAAAUCUCGGCUUUGAAAAACCACCGUCACCGACUUUGUCAAAAACGAAGGGUUCCCCGGAGAGUAAAACAACCGACGCGCAGGAGGAAGCCUUUAAUAAGAACUUUCAAGUGUUCAAAUAUGUUCAGGACAUUGAGAAGAUGCACCGGUCGCUGUCGCAGCAGGACAAAAAUACGAGUUCCAAUAACUCGAGUCCAAGCUCGAGCGAGACUGCGUCGACAAACCCAUCCCCACCGAAAAUUAACUCUAUUCCGAAUUAUGUAUCAACCGAGUUGGAUAACAAUCAUUCUCAAGAACCAACCUCCGGGAAAGAUGCAAACUUAAACGCGAGAGGAAGCAAUCCUCGUGCGCGCAGGGGCUUCCAACAGAACGUCCAAAGUCUACAAAACCAGUCACAUAACGAGGAACAGCGCGACUCGAGGAAGCCCGGCAAUCCACAUCCGGAGGAUGCCGCGAAAAAGUUACCGAGUAAUCAGAGUCCUAACGAUGACUCCGCUAAGAAAGCAGGAAGUCCUCGCAACGUAACGCCAGGCCCGCUCGAAGACUCGGAUACGGAGAAGUCUAGGCUGCAAACUAGUUUAAAAUCCUUGCCACGGGUACAGAUGGAUUUAGAAUACACGGCAAAACCCAUUAAGACUGAUAGAACGUUGAAAGUGCAAAAAGAGCCUCAGCAAAACGCUUGCGCGAGGACCGAGCCUUCGAAGUCCAACUCUCCGACGCAGAAUGCUAAGGUAGACCAGCAGCAGCAGGACCAACCGCAGGAGGAAGGCGAUGCCAGAAGAUCGGUUCAACAAAACUGUUUAAAGGUCGACAAGGAAUCGGCGAAAAUCGGAGAGGCGCAGAUACAGGGAAGGAAGACCUCGUCGAGGCCGGCGGUCAUUCUGUUGGAUGACACCUCGUCGGACGUCACCAGGAACAGCGACUCGCCAUGUGAAUUGACAUUCGGCUUUGAGAUUAACGAGCAACUCCUACUUUCGGAGGAGUCCGAUGAGAACCCUACCGCCGGUCCUGGGUACAAGACCAACGCUUCUCCCUUAUUCGAUAAACCGCCUCCCAACUACGAUCGUCCGCCGCCGAUGUUCGACAAGCACAUAAGGUUCGACAAGGUUCCACCAAAUUUCCACAUGCAGCCUCCUCACGGUCAAGUUCACCAUCCGGUCCACCAUGGCCAGGUGAUGGGCCCACCUUUGCCAUACAUGGGCUAUCCUCAGAGGUUUCAUCCUGCGCAUACAUACCUACCGUCGACGCCUCCUCCACCGCCUCCGCCUGGCAUCGUUGAUAAAUAUCGUCAUCCGCCGAAAGAAGAUUUCUGCGCCCGUUUCGUCGCGCCGGAAGAGGCCGUCAACGUGCAGAACUACAAUCACGACAAAAUCGUGACCUUCGUCGGGACAGCAUGGAACGACGUUAUCAGUGAAAUGCCGGUUCCGGCAACGAACGGUCGAGUGCAGUACUAUAGUGGCCAGUGAAACCGAACGUUAAGGCGGACGCAAAAGUAACUCUAUGAAAAGGCUUUGAAACAAUCAGUAAACCUCGUGAGAAAAUCCUGGGCCUCGAGGAAAUAGAGGGGGAGACAGAGAGAAAGAGAGAGAUAGAGAGAGAGAGAGUGCUUCAUCGAUUCGGCUUUCUAGCCGAAUCGAAUUUCCGAGCCGUUUCCCGUCUGCGGUACCUUGUGAAACGAACAAAGGCGGUUAAUGUACAGUUAAAACGAUCCGACGAAAGAGAAAGAAGGAGCAGGGAGGGGGGGAAGCUCAAAGCUUUGUCAGCAAAGCGUUACAACCGUAGCUUCGACUCGUCCUCUGCGAGUCGGCGACGCCAGGUGGCGCGAUCAGUGCCUGAGGAAAUAGCGAGAUGGAAGUAAAGAUACCCUGUUUUGUAUAUACAUAGUCAGUCGCCAAAAGAGGGAACGUAAUCGUUGGGAAGAAGGAAGGAAACGUGCGUCGACCCUCUCUUUCGGAGAGACGGCGAGAACGACGCGAGAGCGUCGGUCGAGUUCGCUACUAGCGCCUCCUGCCGGGUUAAAGUGUUGACUCUUGGCGCGUUCUUCUGUCCCGCUUGCCCCGAAUGUUUCACCGGCGAAGGCAGGCGCAGGGAGCCAGGAACGAAGAGGAGUCCCCUCGUAGGCUUAAACCCUAAGUGUACAUAGACCUCGAAAGUCGAUGUAAAUUUUCAGAAGCGCGUCACUUCUCGCCUGGUCUGCAUUUCGGACACUGUGGCAUCAACGUAGAGGGAGAAAAGGUCCUGCGACCUGGCGAGGGACCUCUCGAGUCCUCCCAGCCUUUCUUGGGCGAGGUGCGAGGCUACUAGCGUCCUCGUGGACCUCGUGAACGUCGUAAACGCCGUAAAUGGGAACGUAUGCUUGAUCUUGGAAUUUUUGAAACGAAGGGGAGAAACCGCCGGAUGCGCGAGAAGUGACGUCGCGGCGAGGCUGCAGCGGCGGAAACGCAACGACGGUCUCUCGAUUGCGAGACGUUUUCGGGGCGCCGCGUUUACGCGAUGUCGAUAGACGCUUCGCGAGGCGUGAUAAGGAGAGCGGCCGGUUCGGGGAGCCAUUCGAAGAGACCGCACGACGCGCGCAGUGUCGUUGGCCGGUGUUACGGCUGCGAACGUGUUUGUAUAAAAAAAAGGUUAAAACUAUGUAUAACUGGAAGACGGAGCGGGACAUUGGUGUGGAUCCAAAGAGUGGGCUCUCCCUUACAACGACGGCAGCGCCGGUCGAGAGAUGGUCGGACGGCGCAAAGGCGAAACGUCGGAGGCGGCUCCGAGGAAUUGAGAGAAAGAGGGAACGAAAGGGAGAGAGAGAGAAUGAGGGAGGGGAUCUGCGCGCCAAGGUUGACGGGCCAACAGCCAAAUCCUGACGUGUAAAAGAGAGAGACUGUGCGCCUGCGCCGAGGAGCGCUCAAUUUUUACACGAACUCGCUUAUUUAAUGAACGUUAAAUAAGUAACUAUUAAUUAGAGAUAAAUAUUAUUAAAUGAAGGGAAGUGGAGAUGCUUAUGAUCGCGUUGAAGGGGGGAGCGAGAGGGCGAGAGAAAGUGCGAGGGAGAUGGAACGCGCGAAGGUGUGCAUGCGUGUGGGAGAAUGAGAGAAAUGGAGAGAUAGAAUGAGAGGGAGUUCGCGUAGAUAAGUCACGUUGCGCUAGUUGGACUUAAAUGCCAAGGUUGCUGUUCGGACGAACGAUACUAUCCGGAAGGUUUCCCGAGAACCGACAUUAACUUUUCGUAUGUUAUAUCUGUACAUAGAGGGAGGUCGAGGAGGGGAAGGGGGGCUAGGAAGGGAGGAAGAGGAAGAAAAUCGAUUUAGGACUCGAUCCCGAUUGUCCUUCGUUAUCGCGCAGACGCCGAGGACGUUUCGAUGAGUCCGGAGUCGACGCGAGUAUCGAAGUCGAGGCUCGCGCUAGUCAGCAUCCUCGAAUAGGCGAAGGAAGACAAGAAAAGGAGGGAAAAUGAAAACGCUGGAAUCCGACGGAGCGCGUCGGGCUUGCCGUGAUGGAAAUGGCCGCGAUUCACGAUCUGUUCGACAGAGCUGCGAGGGUCGACCUCAUCCAAAGUGGCUACUUUUUAGUGCGAAGCGAUAAGGCUUGCGUAGGUUUUAUAUCGAGGUACGUCCAAAUUUGUCGGACAGGUCGGGAAAGACGGUCGUCGUCGUCCCGAGGCAAAUAAUUCAGAAGUUCCAUGGAAGCCCAGAUCCUAUGUCAGCGCUUGAUGCUGAAAAAGUUGGCUAACCAGGAAAGGGGGUAAAAAAAGAGAUCGUACGUGUUAGCCUCUUAUCUUACAUACGGGAGGAAGAAAGAUGCGUACAGAAAGGCGAGUGCUGGGUGUAAGAUAAAAAAAUAAUGCAAUCCGCUAUAUAUCGCGGCAAGAUUAAGAGAGACCGAGAGGUGAUUACAGCGCCGCCAUCCACCGGCUAACGUACUAUUUGUCAAGCACCAAACGUCCGUAUCCUUCUGGGUCUCUAUGGAGGCUUCUGAAUUCUUUGCCCGAGGGCUCCAACGUCGAGGAUGUUCGCGGAAUCCGUGGGAGGCGAUUCGUUCGGUAGCUCUCGUUAUCCGUGCAAAACGACAUCCUUCGCGCGGAUUCCGCGAACGAGACGAAAGGACGACAGAGCCUCUUCGCUCUUCUGCCCGUUUCGAUGCCGCGUUUCGAUCCUCUCUUUCGUGAUUCCGUUCUAAUGGGGCCGCGAGGGACCGUUUUCAAUUCGUAUAUGUAUAGCCUGCUGGUUGGGUACUGAAUUUAUAGAUUUCGACCUAGAAGGUGAAUCUCGCCGCGACCCUGGGGGAGGAACACCGUUAUGUAGUCGUUUAGCGAGUCGACGCGAGGAAGACGGCGCAGAGAUAUUUUUUCCCCGAUAACGAAAGGAGCUGGAAAAAGGAUCGCGCAUCGCCGGGGCCUUUUUCUACCGCGAUGGCGAGAUUCUUGACGAGAGGGGACGAAGGAGGGAGUAUUCCAUUUAACGAGCCGAAACCAAUCGCCGCGUCGUUCGCUUUUAUCGUGUCUUUCGGGGGUGGAACCCUACUCCUUGGAUACGUCGGUCCGAGCAGCAAUCUCCCGCGCAAAGGAAAAAAGAAAAAAAAAACGUAUAACUAAAAAAUGGAGUAACUGAAAAUCGCAAAAAACUUAUCCCUAAACGUGGUUAACGCGAAGUAAUAAAAUUACCGUUAGACGGGUCUCGCCUGAACGCAUGAGGGGAAAAAAAAGUGUACUUGUCCGUUUAGCGAUAACGAUAUUUAACGAUGAUCGGUUGAUUGCAGUCAAUGACGCGUUUUGUUGUUUCCCUUUUUCUUUUCUUUUCUUAUUUUUUUUUCCCCCCCGAAAUCUCUCAAAAUUACGUGCGACGAAGGAGAGCGCGCUCUUUGUUGGUUUUUUUGUUUUUUCUUUUCUACUUUCUCUUCUUCUUUUUCCCUGCUCUUCUGAAAGUACGUUCGUUAACGAAAGAGCGGUAUCUGGUUCAGCUUGGAGUGCAGCCUCGAGCACAUGGAAGGGAUUUGGUUCAGCGUGUACCGCGUCGAGCGUCAUUUGCAUAUCGGGCGUCGUAGCUGGAAGUCGUUGAGGUGAUAUGAAAGUGUCAUAUAUACAUACCAAAAAGUCAAAAUAUUUAUAAUACUUGUCUUCAAACUAGGUGCACCGAAUCAUUUGUAACUUCAUCGCG